CAAAUUUCGAUCCCCAUGUGUUUUUACGGACCUGUUUCGUUCAUAAAAAAGAUCCUGCCCGCAGGCUCUCAGAAAUCAUGUCUGCUCAUUUUAGGAUUAGACAAUGCGGGAAAAUCCACGUUGACAGACCGCCUGGCGGAAAUUUUCAAUGGAGAAUCCAAGGAAUCUAACAAUCAAGUUAGUGAAUGGAGCUUCACCAUAAAUAAUUUCAGAGUCCAGUUGUGGGAUAUUAACGGAGAACUGAAGAAUCGCCAGAUCUGGCCAAAGUAUUAUAAGAAAGUGAAUGUUUUGAUUUUUGUACUGGAUAGCACGGAUGCACUGCGGCUAAGCGAGGCGCGAUGUGUUUUAUGCGAUGUUUUGAUGCACCAGGAACUGGAUAAUGCUCCGCUGCUGAUCGUGUCCAACAAGAAGGACGCCUCGGGAUCCCUGUCCAUGUCCACGGUUAUCGAUUUGAUGGGCCUAUAUCGCCUAACUGGUCGAGAUUGGACUUUUGAGGAAUGUUCCAUGCGGACAGGGUCUGGUGUUCAGGAGAUCGUAAAUUGGAUUAACGAAAAGAUCAACAAUAACAGGAAGUGAUUUAUCACAUUUUUAUAUUUUCAAAAAUUUGGCAACCUAUUAACUAAUAUAUUAAAUAUAUAUUUAAUGU